AGUGAAAGCAACCCAAUCAUAGUCGAAACAUAAGCAAUAAUGGAUCCUCAGCUCCCUCCCAAUCUACGACCAGAUGAGUCGAGCCCUGAGUGGAUGAACAAAGGCGACAACGCAUGGCAGCUCACCGCCGCCACUCUGGUGGCGCUGCAGUCUGUGCCGGGACUGGUGAUCCUUUACGGCGGCAUGGUUAAGAAGAAAUGGGCUAUCAACUCCUCCCUCAUGGCAGUCUACGCGGUUGCAGCAACCUUAAUCUGUUGGAUGGGGUGGGGUUAUCGCAUGGCCUUCGGCGAUAAGCUAGUUGCCUUCUGGGGAAAGCCCGCAGUGGCUCUGGACGACAGUUUCCUUCUCGGGCAGGCGUUUAUCGGCUACUUUCCCACGGCGACAAUGGUGUGGUUUCAGUUCGGUUUUGCUGCCAUUACGCCGGUUCUGAUAGGUGGGGCGUUGCUCGGGAGGAUGAAUUUUGUGGCGUGGAUGGUGUUUGUGCCGUUAUGGCAUACGUUUUGUUAUACGGUAGGGGCGUUCAGUGUGUGGAGCCCCAAGGGGUGGCUGGCUAAGAUGGGAGUCAUUGAUUUUGCUGGAGGGUUCGUCAUUCAUCUCUCUUCUGGUGUUGCUGGAUUCACUGCCGCAUAUUGGGUGGGUCCAAGGAGUGUCAAGGACAGAGAAAGAUUUCCUCCAAACAACAUAGUAAUGAUGCUGGCGGGUGUAGGCCUGGUAUGGAUGGGAUGGACUGGGUUCAACGGCGGAGCGCCAUAUGCCACCAGCACCAUUGCGUCUCUUGCAGUGAUUAACACACACGUUUGCGCGGCCACCAGUCUGGUGACUUGGUUGCUGCUGGAUAUUUAUAUCUCUGGCAAGCCUUCUGCCCUCGGAGUUGUGAAUGGCUUGAUCACUGGCCUUGUCUGCAUCACCCCUGCUGCAGGAGUAGUGCAGUGCUGGGCAGCCAUCUUGAUGGGGUUAAUCUCAGGAAGCUUGCCUUGGUACACUCUGAUGGUGCUGAACAACAAGAUGAGGCUAUUGAGACAUGUAGAUGACACUUUUGCCAUCUUUCACACACACGCAGUUGCGGGCAGCCUUGGUGGCAUCCUCACCGGUUUAUUCGCGGUGCCUAAACUCAGCAGGCUGUUCUACAUGGUGCCUGACUGGGACAAGUACAUUGGCCUGGCUUACGCCCUGCAGAUGGGACGAACGUCAGCUGGACUAAGACAAAUGGGGAUUCAACUUAUAGCGAUUGUCUUCAUAGUGUGUCUCAACAUUGUGGCCACCACCUUGAUUUGUUUGUUCAUCAAGUUGUUUGUUCCACUGAGGUUGAGUGAGGAAGAACUGCAAGUUGGAGAUGAGGAGGUCCAUGGAGCGGUGGCGUACGCAUUGUCGUCUAGUGAUGGUACUGAUCAUCAUAUUUUGAGAAACGCUAAGGUUAAUUCCAUGUAUGAUCAUGAGGGCGAUGAGUACCCUUCAGUCAUGUUGAAAACCUCUAGCUAUGAACUGCACAGGGUAUGAUUUUACUUUCUUCGCCUUCUCUUUCUUUUCUCUUAAUUUGUAACAUUUGAAACCUUUGGAAAGAAAUACUAAAAAUAUAUAUAUAUAUAUAUAUAUAUAUAUAUAUAUCAGUUUG